AUGGAGCUUGAGAUCACGGUGACUUGUCAGGAACUCGUCAAGCCCUCAUCUCUAAACCUUAAUCAUCUUCCAUGCCAUCAUCUCUCUUUCCUUGAUCAGCUUGCUCCUCCCAUUUUCAUGCCUUUCCUUUUCUUUUACCACAACAAAACCAAUCUAUCAAACAGAGAACGAACUGACCACAUCAAGAGUUCUUUGUCUGAAAUAUUGAAUCUCUUUUACCCUUUGGCAGGACGGAUCAAGAACUCAGGUGAUGUUGUUGUGUGCAAUGAUGUUGGUGUGUCUGUCGUUGAAGCCAAAGCCAACUGCAACAUGUUACAGAUUCUCGAAAACCCUAAUCCCAAUGAACUCAAUAAGUUUCUCCCUUUCGAGUUUGACGAAGUGAGUGACGUGCCUCUCAAGAUUCACCUCACUUUCUUUGAAUGCGGCGGCUUAGCGCUCGGUGUAGGCCUUUGCCAUAAACUUUGUGAUGCCUUGUCCGGUCUCAUCUUCAUCAGAAGCUGGGCAGCUUUUGCUCGCAGAGACACUCAUGAAAUCAUUACUCCUUCUUUCGAUCUCGCCAAGAUGUUUCCUCCAUGUGAUAUGGACGGUUUAAACAUGGCUACAGGUAUCACCAAGGAGAAAAUAGUCACCAGACGCUUCGUGUUCUUGAAAUCCUCUGUUGAGUCUUUAAGNGAAAGAUUCAGCAGAAACANNNAGAUUCGCACCACGCGUGUUGAGGCCUUAUCGGUAUUCAUCUGGAGCCGUUUCAUGGCUUCAACAAACCAAGAUGAUAAAANCGGAAGAAUCUANACAUUGAUUCNUCCGGUGAACUUGCGUAGGCAAGCNGAUCCGNUUAUUCCAGACAACAUCUUUGGGAACAUCAUNAGNNUCUCAGUGACUGUCNCUAAUAUGAUAAUCAGUGAAGAUGAUGAAGCCAAGCCUUCACUNGUGGAGCAGAUGAGAGAAGAGAUAAGAAAGAUAGACGCAGUGUACGUGAAGAAACUUCAAGAAGAUAGCAGAGGACACCUCGAGUUUCUAAACAAACAANCUUCAGGUUNCGNCGAGGGAAAGAUUGUGUNCUUCAGCUUCANNAGCCUCUGCAAAUUUCCANUGUAUGAAGCAGAUUUCGGAUGGGGGAAACCUUUGUGGGUUNCCUCUGCAAGAAUGAGUUACAAAAAUNUUGUGGCAUUCAUUGAUACUAAGGAAGGCGAUGGCAUAGAAGCUUGGAUCAACCUUGACNAGAACGAUAUGUCGAGCUUUGAAACCGAUGAGGAGUUGCUUCGCUACGUCUCUCCAAGCCCAAGUGUGAAUGUCUCUGCAUCUUGA